AUGGAUUCGAUGGCUCCUCAAGCCGACGUCGCGAUUCGGGAUUUGUCGACAGCGGAGGGACCUACCGACUCGCAAGGGUGGACUGUCACGGAGGAAUCCGCCUUACCAGCUUACGCGGCUCUUGGCUCGUGUACAUUUGUGCCUCAGGCAUUACACGAUUUGGCCUUCGAUGCGAUUGAAACUAAAUUUAACAAUUGGUCCCCUUCGAAAUCCUGA